AUGCAUCGAGUCAAUAAACGUUGUCGAAAAAUGCUCGACCUGUCUUUUCAAAAUGCUCAAGAAGUGGUGGACCAAAAUAACAGUGCCAGUUUACAAGAAAAAAAAAACAAAUUCAAAUCCUUCAGGAUGUUAUUGUUAAGCCAGCUUUUACAAGCAGUGAAACUACAACUUUUCAAGAACCUCGCUGAUGAUAGUUAUGCUCCCAACUCGUCUGACCUAGAAACUGAUUCUUCUUACUCCGACGAUAGUGAUAGUGAUGAUAGCGUAAUAACUUACUAUGAAAACAGUUCUGAAACCGAAUUAGUUCAAAUACUUGAAAAUACUCAAUGUACAGAAAACAAUAAUUUUGACGAGUGGGAAGACAUUAACGAUACAAAACUUGAUUUCGAUGAAUUCACAGAUAAUUGUAGACCAAACAUUCCGGAUAAUACUAUAACGCCAGCAGAUUUUUACAGUCUAUUUGUAACGGAUGAAAUUAUUGAGCAAAUGGUAAUAAACACAAACAAUUGCGCACAAGAUCUUAUUAGUAAUCUAAGUAAUCUUAAGCCUAAAUCACGCUUGCGAGCCUGGACUCCUACAACUCCAGAGGAGAUGAAAAAAUUUUUAGGAGUGCUACUGGCGAUGGGUCUUGUAAGAAUACCACGUUUAAAUGAUUACUGGUCGAAAAGAAACAUCUACAAUAAUAAAUACAUUAGUUCAGUUAUGACAAGAGAUCGAUUUCUGCUAAUUUUGAUAUUUUGGCAUUUUAGUCAAGAGUCACCUAACGACACAGACAAAUUGAAAAAAGAUAAGGGAUACUUUUAA